UACUGCUUCUGGCAAACAUCAAACAUAUACAGGACACAAACGUGUGUAGCAAAGGAGACUGAGAAGACAUCUCUUAAUCUAACACAAUUGCACUGAAAAGACAUGAGUAACGGUACGAGUAAAGGCAAUGGAGCCGCCCAUCCUCUGCCUGUUCCUAAGUUGAAAGAGGUAUCAAAUGGACUAUCAUUGCUCCAGCCACUAUCUAGAAAAGGAUCAGGCCCAGGAGUGAUUGUUCUGACCGAGACGCUUGAAGAUGCGUUACCAGGUGACAAUGUUGCGAUCAAGCAUGGUGUGCCUUCAGUUCCUAUCAAAUGGGCCGAGGAAGGAUAUACUGUGAUUGAGAUCACAGAGGCAGCUUUUGCAAGUUCAAAAGAUCCCUUUGUGUCAGCCAUCGACGCCUUGGAGAAGGAGGAGAAAUGUGAACCAAAUGGUAGCAUAGGCUUGGUUGUGUACUCAACCGCUCUCUGGACCCGCGCAGCACCACUCCUUGCAACUCACAAAACCAUCGCAGGCGCCAUCAUUUACUCCUCGAACUCCGACUUCGAAUCUCUAGCCAAAUCCCCAAUUCCUAUCCUCGUUCAUCUCUCCGGCAAAUCUCCCACCAAACUUCCCCGCUCAGCCGCUCUCACAGCAUACGAUUACCCAACCAUGACAUCCCCUCUAUUCGCAACUCCAUUCUCAGUCGACUUCAACUACGCCUCCGAGUCCGUGUCGCACACACGCAACCUCUCAUUCCUCAAACCACUCAUGCACGGCCCUUACUUCGACCUCGAAGCAAUCUGGGACGAGCACACGGCCUACGAAUUCGAAACCCGGGACGUCGAUGCAACAAUGUCCACAAUGGUCCAAGAGCCGUAUGUGAACCACAUCCCCACCAUGACCGGUGGGAUCGGCCGCGAGCGCCUGUCCACGUUCUACGCGCAUCACUUCAUUUUCUCUAAUCCCGACGACACGGAGCUUGAGCUCAUCUCCCGCACCGUGGGAAUCGACAGAGUGAUUGACGAGUUCAUAUUCAAGUUUACGCAUGAUAGGAUGGUGGACUGGCUGUUGCCUGGAGUACCGCCGACGGGCCGGUACGUGGAGAUCCCGUUCACGGGGGUCGUGAAUGUGCGUGGAGAUAGACUGUAUCAUGAGCAUAUUGCGUGGGAUCAGGGCAGUGUGUUGAGGCAGUUGGGGCUGUUGCCGGAGUAUUUGCCAUGGCCUUAUGAGGUAGAGGGUGGAGGGAAGAAGGAGUUCAGGGUGCCGGUGGCCGGGAGGGAGACGGCGGUGAAGAUGAGGGAUAAGAAUGGGUUGGAGAGUAAUACAAUGUUUGAGUUUGGGAUGAGGGAUGCUUGAUAUUAGGGGGAAUUCAUAGUGGUUGAAGGAUAUUUGUGUUAUCUCUAAAUGUACUUCUGUUUCAGGCCAUGCAGUUGUCGUAUAUCAGAUAUGUACGUGUCAAUUCACAAUUGUUAUAUGAAGGUCU